AUGCUUGGCAAACCGAAGGCUCGCUGCUUCUGCAUCGUCCACCCGGAGUCUGAGCAGUGUCCAGACAUCAGCUUCAGCCAGACCUCCGUCCAGAUGAAGCUUCCCGGCGUAGGCGAGGAGCCUCCACGCGGGCAACAGGAGGAGCUGCUGCGGGACUUCGCCUUCGACCGGGUCUUCGGCCCAGGCGGCCCGGGCCCGGGUCAGGCGCGGAUCUUCCAGGAAGUCGCCCAGCCCGCCCUCCAGGACGCGGUGGAGCGGCUGGAGAGCUGCUGCUUCGUGGCCUUGGGAUGCAGUGGCCACGGGAAGACCUUCGCCGUGACCGGGGGACCCCGCCGCUUCGAGGAUCGAGGCCUAGUGCCACGUGCUAUCUCCUGCCUCUUCGAGCUCUUGAAUGCCAAGACGAGCCGGGAAGACUUCCAAGUGAAGGUCUCCUUCUUCGAGCUGUACAGGGACAGCAUCUUGGACCUCCUCAGCAAGCGGGAUCCGGUGAUCAGUCGGGUUGGGCAGAGCCAGAAACCAAGGAUGCCGUGCCCGAUGGAGCUGACGGCAACGCAUACGCAGGUCAGCUGCGUCAGCUGCAUCAGUGAGAGUGAGGCAUACCAGCGGCUCUUCGAGGGCGACGCGCGCCGGCAUUUCGAGAGGCUGCCGAGGAACUCUGAGACCUCCCGGGGCCACGUCUUCUUCCAGCUCCACAUCAACAAGGAGGGCGCCGAGGGCGCGAGGGAGGCCGUCCUCUCCUUCGUGGACCUGGCGACGCACAGCCAGUGCCCUCGGAACCAGGCGACGGAAAGCAUUGAAAGGAGUUUGCAGGAGCUGCGCCAGCUGGCGCGCUCCAUCUGUGCCGGGCUUCCGACCGAGCCGGAACCGGGGCCACUUGGUUCCUUGCUACUCCCGUGGCUGCGGCCAGGCGGCUCAUCCACUCCAGGCAAUCCACUGCCGGGUCUGGUCACCCUGCUUCCGUUGAAGUGGCAGAAGCAGAGCAACAGCGAAAUUUAUGACUUCUUGCAGCUUGCCCGCAUCCUGCACCAGGCCGCGAAGAGUCGCACUCCACAGCCACGAAACGGAGCGGGACCUCCGAUACCACGAAGCCCGCGAAGUCAGGAGGAAGCUUCGAGGGAAGCGGCAGACACCGCGAACUCGCCGAGCGUCGAUGCUUUGACCACUUGGUCGCCUUGGUCGGCCGUGGUGGUUCACAGCCAGAAGGAUCGAGACGUGGAGGCGACGGGGGAGGACGAGGUGGGCCCCCGACCAGUUCCUGUGAAGUCCUUGCCGCCGAGCGCGAGCGGACCAAGACCGGUCACGAGCCUUGCCGGCCUGGCGGGCCUGGCGGGCCUGGGCCUGGCGAGCAUUCCAACCCCUCUACGUAACGGCUCCCGUCGAAACGAGGCCGAAGCCACGGCGGCCGCCAGGGGAUGCGUGGGCUGUCCUGCAGAGCUCUCGGCCUUGGCCGCAAGCACUGCAAGCACUCCAAUCCGAAGGCCCUCCACAAUUAGUUUUGCUCUGCCAAGAAGGGUGUCGAUUGCUUCAGCCUCGCAAAGAACGAUGCCCUUUAACAUCGGCUGCGAGCCGGCAGCGCACGGCUCCAUGUCCAGAUCUCCAAGUCCCUGGCAGAGCCUCGGCGCUCCGCCGUUGCGGCCGUUGCGGCCACGGAGCUGCGACGCGGCUGCGCGAGCCCCGCCCGGUGCCGUGCCGGUGGCCCUGGCUCCUGGGCCUCCUUGGGGCUCUACAAGUGCCGGCCGAGCUCGGGUCGUCGAGAGAGCGUGGGCGUGCGGUGGCUGCGGUGGUGGCGCAGCACGCACAGCUUCGCCUUGUGCUUGCCCGGCGAUCGGGAGCCGCCAGCUGCCUCCUGUCCAGGCCGCUAUCCAAGGUGUCCCCGCGCCGUUGACGUACCCCUGCUACUCUGCCUCUGUGCUGUCGUAUUCGCCGGUGCCAAUGCAAAGAUACCCGUGGUCCUUGGGCGCUACGGGUGAGCGUAGUCGCAGCAGUUCUCCGUGCCCUCGUCCUGGCCACGGUCCUGCCUCAGUACCGCUUCACAGGACAGGGUCUGUGCCCAGAGUCCCGCCUUUGGUGGCAAGGUCUUGGAUCCCGACAGGCUGA